AUGACUCAGAACUACCAGCAUGUUUUGGCCAUGGCUUUUGCAAUAAAGGAGAUCAAUGAAAAUCCCAGGCUCUUGCCCAAUGUCACCUUGGGUUUCUGCAUCUACGACAGCUACUUGAAUGCAAGGUGGACCUAUCAAGCCACACUGCAACUUCUUUCUCCCUGGAACAGACUGGCCCCCAACUACAAGUGCAACAUCAAAGACAACUUACUUGGGGUAAUUGAGGGACUUGCUGCAGCAUCGUCCUACUUGAUUCCAAGUGUUUUUGGCAUAUACAAGAUUCCUCAGCUCCACCACUUUCUGAAAGGUGUGUCCUUCAACAACAGUGUUGGUGACAAAGUUUCCUUUAAUGAGAAUGGGGAAUUAGUUGCAGAAUUUGAUGUCAUCAAUUGUGUCACUUUCCCAAACAAAUCUGUCAUUCAAACAAAAGUGGGAAGGGUGGAUCCCCAGGCGCCUCUGGACCAAGGAGUCAUCAUGAAUAAGGAUGCCAUUGUGUGGCACCGCUGGUUCAACCAGGUCCAGCCCCUUUCUCUGUGUAAUGGCAACUGUCAUCCUGGAAACAGCAAAAGAAGGAAGGAGGGGGAGCCCUUCUGUUGCUAUGAUUGCAUUCGAUGCCCAGAAGGGAAGAUAUCGGACAAGAAUGACAUGAGUGACUGUUUUACAUGCCCAAGUGAACAGUAUCCAAAUAAGAACCAGAAUGCCUGCAUUCCCAAGGUGGUCAUUUUUUUGUCUUAUGAAGAACCAUUGGGGAUUGGCUUAGCUCUUAGUACUCUUUCUUUUUCACUCAUCACACUCCUCAUCUUAGGACUGUUUACAAAGCACCAUGAUACUCCCAUUGUCAAAGCCAACAACAGAAGUCUCACCUACACUCUUCUCAUCUCGCUCCUUCUCUGCUUCCUUUGUGCCUUAUUAUUCAUUGGCCGACCUAAAAUGGUGACCUGUCUCCUACGACAAACUGCUUUUGGCAUUAUUUUCUCAGUGGCUGUUUCCUCCGUCUUGGCUAAAACGAUUACUGUGGUUCUGGCUUUCCUGGCCACUAAGCCAGGAUCCAGCAUGAGGAAGUGGGUGGGGAAAAGGCUGGCCACCUCCAUUGUCCUUUCUUGUACCCUUAUUCAGGCAGGCAUUUGUGUUGCAUGGCUGAUAGCCACUCCCCCAUUUCCAGACAUUGAUACAGAGUCAGUGGCUGAAGAAAUUAUACUGGAAUGUAAUGAGGGCUCCACCACCAUGUUUUAUUGUGUCCUGGGCUACAUGGGCCUCCUGGCCAUUGCCAGCUUUGCUGUUGCUUUCUCAGCUAGGAAGUUACCUGACAGUUUCAAUGAAGCCAAGUUCAUCACGUUCAGCAUGCUGGUCUUUGGCAGUGUUUGGCUGUCCUUUGUUCCAACCUACUCGAGCACUAAAGGGAAAUACAUGGUGGCUGUGGAGAUCUUCUCCAUCUUAGCCUCCAGUGCUGGGCUGUUGGGCUGCAUCUUUCUCCCCAAAUGCUACAUUAUUGUUCUGAAGCCAGAGUUCAACAACAGAGAACAACUUAUAAGAAGGAAACACUAA